GGGACGAAGUUUGCCCAUGCCUGGUAUAUAGGGUUUUAAUAUGCUCCUCUUCAGGCAAAUCUCACAAAGCAAUUUACAUGCAUGCAUGCACAUAUGCACAUGCACACACACACAUACUAAUAGAAAGGAAGUAAUAAAUGAAAAAUACUGACUGCAGGGGAAAGAAAUCUAUUCAACCUGCAUGAGGUUAAAGGGAAUUUACCAAAGGGUGUGUGCUUCCCCCGCACAAGCAAUAGGAAGUAAUUGUCUGGAGUUUCCUGCUCUUGCACUGAUCACUGAUACUGAAACCUUUUCUCAGUGAACACUGACCUCUAUUUCCUCUUUGGCUCGGCUACAUGUUCCACUUAUCCAGAUUUCAAUUAAUUCCCACCUAGAUAAUACUGACAAAAUCAGAUAGCUAUAAAAAUGAUCUGACAUGCUAAUAUGAUUGUGGGGAAAUUCCCACGUUUGCAUCAUAUAAGGUACACCUCCUGGUGAAUUCCCUCAACCAGGUGUUAUAAGUAGCUCGGCUGAGCAGAUUGACAGAGAUCAGACAAGCCAAAUUCUCCUGACACACAUAAUAUAACCAGUAGAAGAAUCAUGGUUAGCUUCAGCAAGAAGAAUGCAACUUUAGCUCUUCUGGUGGGUCUGAUCAUUCUCGUGGGCACUAGUAAAGCACAAAACAACCAAGACUGCUGCCUUUCUUACACCAAGAGGCCGCUGCCACGAAGAGUUAUCAAAGGAUUUGCAGAACAACUUUCCAGUGAAGUCUGUGACAUCAAUGCUGUCAUUUUUAUUACUAAGAAUGGAUUGAGAGCUUGUGCAAAUCCUAAAGACCAGUGGGUGAAGAAGCACCUCCAGUGGUUAAGCAUUAAACUCAAGAAGAUGUCAAAAUUGCACAAUUACUGAAGUGAAACAAGAGGCAACGGCAGACCAAAGAACCUAAGCUGGGUUGUAAUUGUUUCUCUGUACACUAUUGUGUGCUUCCUAAUUUUUUAAAAAUAGAUUCUUUGGAACCUCAAAAACUGAUUCAUAUUGCAUCGAUUACUGUUUUAAAUGAAGCAUAGCAGACAUGUUGCUUUGUUUGUGAUCAAAACGUAAGUGUUAAACUGUAUUUCAUGCAUAUGUGUCUUACUGGGUGUUACAUACAUCCUACUCUUCAUAUGAUGCAUAUAUUGUAACUAAUUUUAGUGCUCUCUCUUUCCAUAUAUAUAUGGAUGGCAUUGCCACUGUUCUAGAAACCUCUGUUAUUACAUUCAUCCUUUGCAACAUAUUAUUGCAUAUUGGAUUGGUGGGAUUUGCUUUUACAUUUCUUUAAAAUGUAUGGCAUACAUUUAUUCAUCACUUUUUGGUGACUGUUCUGAGUAAUGUUUUAUUUUAAGUUGAAACAUAUAAACUGGAACAUGUAUGGUAUUUUAGUAUAUAUGAAAAAAACAUAUCAAUGAAUAAACAUGUUUUACAACA